CUAAGCUGCCAAAGAGGAGGAUGGUUGAUCAGCAGGUUUGACGGGGAAUCUUCAAUAAAGAUCUUAUGGGACUCAAAUGACUUUGGAGAUUUUAUUCGCAUCUCUCAGACAUGAGAGGGAUACCAUCAGCAAAUCUUCAUACCAAUUGGAACUUCAUGCUUAGGUUCCAAACUAUUUCUCAAGGCCCUUAAAAGUUUAAUAACUUACCUUGCUGAAACAGGAAUAGGAGUGGAAAUGGCAGAGACGCAGGAAGUAGAAGCUUUGGUUACAAAUGAUACUACAUUACCUCGGUUGGAACACGACAAUGGGAAGGAACCGAUAUUUGAGAGGAAUGAGGAAGAGGAACAAGUUCAGAGAAUUUCAAUCUCAACAAAAAUACUAGAAAUGGAUAUAGAACAGGCCAACAAGGGGAUUGACUGUCAAAAUAUAUGUAUGGAAGGGGAAGCUGCGGUAAAUGGCUUGUCCAAGGAAGAGAUUGAUGCUGAAAAGGCUUUUGGUCCAAUCUUUCAAAGCUACUUCGAGGCUGUCCUUAGAGAAACAGAGGACUAUAUCCGGGAAAAACUUGCACAAAGAGAACUCAUAGAGCUUCUUAAGAAGGGUCUCAUCCAAGACCAAGCAGGGGUAUCUUUUAGGGUAACAAGGGAGAUUGUUAAAAGUAUGGAAAAUGUUGAUUUAGUCCACAUAAAGGGCACUAAACAUCCAAUUUUCUUGGCCUACUCAAACUAUGACGCAGAGGCAGUCACGGCUCACAUGAGCUGGGAAUCGCAGUAGAUUAUUUUAAUAGUUUCUCAUAGGGGAUUAAAGCUACUGCUCGAUGUAUCACCACCACAAAUCUUUCCAGACCGUUCAACCUCUUGCAGUUCAGGGUGCUGUAAAGUCCUGGGUCUUGGUAACUCUCUAUUGGUCAAGACAUUUCAUGGGAUAACUCCUAAGAUGGAGCUCUUGCUGUGUUUGGUACAAUGGAUCUCAACAUAUACUGCUUUAAGAGGAGGUAAUAAUGUGGCUGGGUGGGGCAGAAGUUUGCAGAAGAAAGCAUCCCACUCCAUGUGUAUUUUGUUUGGUUUUUGGUGGCUGGUCGGAGGUUCUCUGUUUGGUUGUUUAUUGUGGAAUCUCUCAUGCAUUGUUGUUU